AUGGAGACUUCCAGAGGAGCUACAUGGCGUUUCACUACGGGCAGACCGGCGACAAUCGAGUCCAUUCUCGGUGGUGGCGGCAUAAACUCUGUUCGACUACGCCUGUGGACGUCGGGUGACUAUAACUUGACUUACACUCUUUCGAUGGCUGAACGGUUCUCGAAGGCUGGCUGCAAGAUCUAUCUCAACAUGCACUUUCCCAAUAACUGGACUGACCCAGCGAAACAAGCUAUCCCUGAACCAUGA